GAGGGUCCGCAGUAGCAAAAUGGCCACCAACACGGAGGCCGGCUCGUCGCAACAAAGCGAGAAUGUUUGGUGGAUUAAAAUAGAAAACGAGCAAACCGAGUGCCAGGAUAGUGAUUUUAAAACGAAAUACUACAAGCAGUUAAUGGAUUUCUAUGAUUCUAAACAAAUGACGCUUAAAAAACCAUGGACUAUUCAACGCAUUUUGGAGGUUAUUGACUUAGUGAAAACAAGCAAGACGAUGGCGGAGUCUAGACAACGGCGGACGUCAAUGCAGUAUUAUUGGACCUCGAAAUACGAUGUUUCUAGCACUGAAGGCGCGGAAUAUUUAAUAAUGAAGAAAAAUAAACCUGAAGAUCCCGCAAUUCGCGUGAUUCCAUUAGAACAAUAUUUUGAUUUGUUAUGGCAAAUUCAUAACGAACUUGAUCACGGCGGUCGAGAUAAAAUGAUUUAUGUUAUUAAAAAUAAAUUUUACGUUCAGAAGAAAGCUGUGGAAAUUUUUAUAUCUUUAUGUCCAAAGUGCGAAACAAAACGAAAUGAACGGACAAAAAAAUCGACUACAACUAAUUUCAACUCUACUGGACAAGUUGACCUCAUUGAUUUUCAGUCAAUUCCAGAUGAAGACUACAAAUGGGUGUUGAAAUAUCAAGAUAAAGCCACAAAGUUCAUUCAUCUUUGCCCGCUCCGUACAAAUCAGGUGACUGAGAUAGCAUUACAAUUAGUAAAGAUUUUUUUAACUUUCGGCCCUCCUUCUGUUUUCCAAAGUAAUGAUGAGCAAAUAAUAAAAGAAGUAAAUAAAAUAUGGCCUGAUUGUAAUAUAAAAUCUGAAGUUCCCCUGCCAUUAAAUGAGGAUGAAGACAAUUUACAAGUGAACAAUAACGAUAUAGAAGAUAUGCUGCACACAUGGAUACAAGAAAAUGGCUCAACUAACUGGUCGCUUGGAUGUCAUUUUAUUCAAUAUCGAUUGAAUACAUCAAUACAGUUAUGUGAGGUAAAGUCAUCUUAUCGUGCAUUAUUUGGUUGUGAUCCAAAAUCUAGUAUAUCUGUAGACCAUCCUAAAAUAAGUAAAUCAAAUGAAUGUACUUCAAGUAACUUUGAGAAUAUCAAUGUGGGAAUAAAAGAAGAAAAUGAGAAAAAAGGAAUAAAACGAAAGGCUGACGAAGAUGAAGUUACGGUUACGAACAUAUCACUUAACAUUGGAGAUACUGUUCAUAUAAAUGUACCAGAAAAGGACAGAGGACCAUUAAAUACAAGGUUAAUCGUCGGAAAAAUAUUAGAUUUUGAAAAUGGUGUAUAUCAAGUAGGCACCAAAUCAGGAAUUAUAGUGAACUGGUUCUCCAUUAAUGACCUACAAAUAAUUAAUACGGAGUUCAAAGAAGAAGUUCCUCAAAACUCACUGACAUUAAAGGAAGCUGUCAUCAAGGAAUCAUUACUCGGGUUCACAAAAUUAGAGAAGUGUAAUUGUAAAUCAUCAAAACAUCAGUGUCGUAGCCUCAGAUGUGCCUGUUUUAAGAAAAAAGUGUUAUGUGGCCCUAAAUGUCACAAUAAUAUAGAAUGUUUAAAUAUAGUUAGAAAAGACUAGCUCUUAAAUUAAAAAUAAGGCAACGCGCACGAGAGCGUUUGAACCUUAUUUUAAAUUUAAUAAUUUACUUGCCACUUUUAUAUAUUACUUGAGUCUUAAAUAGACUCAAGUAAUAUAAAGGCUUAGGCUUAUAUUUGUCUAAAAUUGUAAAUGAAUGGGCUGAAGACUUCUAACAUUUUCGAUAACUACGUGUAGACAAGUAAUUAAACUAUUUCAGACUUAUAUUUAUUUCUUUUUUCCUAAAGCUCACAGUCCCAUGUACCAACUCAAAAGCAAACCUUAUAAAGAUAUUCUUUACAAGGUACAUGAUUCAAGGUAAAUGUGUUUGUCCACUUUAUUUUGCCACAGACAGACUGGCGACGCGGCAGCGGCAACGGCGAUAUAUGAAUAAAUUGAAGUGAUAUGGCACUAUAGAUUAUUAUACUGUAAUGUGAAGUGUGUAAUGGUUAUGUGAAGUGAGUCCCGACUAAUUAAAUACUGAGAAGUCUGUAUCAAUACUGUGAGAGGAUUAAUAAUUACUAUUAGUUACAUUGAAAAUACUAACAAAGCCUUAUAAAUUAAUUCGUUGAAAUAACUUUAUUGUAAUAUAAUACAACACAAUAGGUUAUUCAUAUAAUUGCAUAAGCUUACAAAUACAAUUUUUAAUAUUAGUAAGUUUCUGUUCCAAACGGGGAUUUUAAAAUAUUCAAAGCCAACUGUCGUUUAAAGCCGUUCAUUCGUUACAAUUUUUAAUAAAAUAUGUACUACAUUGUUAUUAUAGUAUUAAAUAU